UUACGGGGCGGGGGGAUGGGAGAAAGACUGGAGGCUAAAAGCAGACGUCUGGCCGUAAAGAAGCCUCGGUACCAGGGCUGGCGAGACCGACCCUUGUCACACACACGCGCGGGCUGGACGGUGUUGCGCCUCCCAGCCUCUGGGAGGCGCUGUGGGCCGGGAAGCAGCGCUGAGACUCCAGGCCACGGGGAGGCGCUGUGGGGCGGCGGGGCUUGGGGAGCGGCGCCGCAGAGCGCGCGCCGGCGGCACCGGAAGUGGUGUCUGGCCUGCGCGCGGAUGGCGGUGACUGUGGCGACGGCGAUGAUGGCGGCGGGCCGCGGAGGGGCUGGGGCGGCACGCUCCCUCUCCCGCUUCCGAGGCUGUCUGGCUGGCGCGCUGCUCGGGGACUGCGUGGGCGCCGUCUACGAGGCGCACGACACCGUCCACUUGACGUCAGUCUUGCGUCAUGUCCAGAGCCUGGAGCCGGACCCGGGCACGCCGGGGAGUGCGCGGACAGAAGCACUGUGCUACACAGAUGACACAGCCAUGGCCAGGGCCCUGGUGCAGUCCCUGCUGGCCAAGGAGGGCUUCGAUGAGGUGGACAUGGCUCACAGGUUUGCUGAGGAAUACAAGAAAGACCCUGACAGGGGUUACGGUGCUGGAGUAGUCACUGUCUUCAGGAAACUCCUGAGCCCCAAGUGUCGUGAUGUCUAUGAGCCUGCCCGGGCCCAGUUUAAUGGGAAAGGCUCCUAUGGCAACGGAGGUGCCAUGAGGGUAGCUGGCAUCUCCUUGGCUUAUAGCAGUGUCCAGGAUGUGCAGAAGUUUGCACGAUUAUCAGCCCAGCUGACACACGCCUCCUCCCUGGGUUACAACGGUGCCAUCCUGCAGGCCCUGGCAGUGCACCUGGCUUUGCAGGGUGAGUCGUCUACUGAGCACUUCCUUGAACAGCUUCUCGGCCAUAUGGAAGAGUUGGAGAGUGAUGCCCAGUCCCUCUCGGAUGCCAGGGAGUUGGGCAUGGAGGAGCAUCCAUACUGCAGCCGACUGAAAAGGAUUGGAGAGCUUCUAGAGCAGGACUCGGUGACCAGAGAGGAAAUAGUGUCAGAGCUAGGGAAUGGCAUUGCUGCCUUUGAAUCGGUGCCCACUGCCAUCUACUGCUUCCUGCGCUGCAUGGAGCCCGACCCCGAGAUCCCCUCUACCUUCAAUAGCCUCCAAAGGACUCUCAUCUAUUCCAUCUCACUUGGUGGGGACACAGACACCAUUGCCACCAUGGCUGGGGCCCUUGCUGGUGCCUACUAUGGGAUGGAACAGGUACCAGAGAGCUGGCAGCAGAGCUGUGAGGGCUAUGAGGAGACAGAUGUCCUGGCCCAGAGCCUGCACCAGGUCUUCCAGAAGAGUCUGUGAGGGCAACAGCUGCUAGAGCUCUGCCAUGGCCAGUGGGACCAACUACAGGUCAGACUGGAAACCCUGAGGUUCCUCAGUCCUGGCUCCCCUGCCUCAGUCUCCCCGUGGUGUGGGGCUGUGUGCACUGUUCGGACUGGGGUCUCUUUGAGGGGGAGGUCACUGGGAUGGCAAGUGAAGGACUGGUGCCCCCGGGUGCUGGAUUUCUGGCUUGCUGCAGCACCUUGGGCACUCCCAACAGCCCAGUCGAAAGAUGGAAGUACCUGGGUGGGUUUUAUUUUGGAGGAAUGCUUAUGGAUUUUUCCUUUAGGGUGUGAGAUUUGGGGAGGUGGAAAUGAUCUGCAGUAGCAUCAUUUCUCCUUAUUGGGUUUUAGCCAAUUUGCAGAAAGCCUGUUUUUGCCAAGACAGCAAUUCUGUUUGCAGCAAGAAGACAGGCAUUGCAUCCAGCUGAUCUGGAUACACACCUGGCCCUUGGCUAUCAUGGGGCUUGUUAACAGCUUCCAGUGGAAGUCACUGAGCAAUAAAUGGUUCUUGGUAAACCCCACCAGUUUCCUGUG